AUGGACCCUUGUGCCCUGUCGGAGUCGUGGAACUUAUGUAUCCCCAUCGAUUUCAGCUCCAUGCCGGCCAAGAAUCCCACCGCGGAGCCACCUCCGCUUCCCUAUUCCUUCAAUGAUCUGAAUCCCUCUUCGAGGAUAGAAACCCCCGCGCCCCAGCCAGAGGUCGAUACCUUCCUGGUCACGGGCCGAGGUACUGACUCCGCACUCAGAGCAGCCCUGCCUGCCUUCAAUGCCCGACAAUUCCUCUCCCGCUGCUCCUCGGCUGAGAUCCUGGCGGAGCCACGCCAGACACCCGCCUCCCCGGCCCCGACGACACCCCCAUUUCGGUCGCCUUCAUCAUCACCAGCGCGGAAUACCCCCGACAGCGGCCGCGGCGUGACCAAGAUCCGCGUGGUAGAAUUAGAGACUACCCCUUCGUCUUCGCGUUCGAAAGGUAGUGUUGACACGGAAGGAGACAUCAAGAUGCUCAACGCGGCUUUCUCAUCUCCUGACUUCCGUCGUAUGCAGUUUAUGGGGGAUAUUCGUGCCAUGGUGACGCAGUCUGUCCAUGACAACUUUGAGUUUGAAAGGGGCCGGUUCGCGGAUGAAGUGAAGAAUCAGCUCCUUGCCACGCUCGGCGACGAGAUUGAGUGGCUUGUCGGGCAGAUGGUUGAUUGCGCCGUGGUUGCUGCUUUGGAAGACCCGCUUGAGGGUGAGCUCGAUGCGGUGCGGGCGGUUAGGGAGAGGUUACGGAGGAUGAGCGACGAGGCUAGGGUGAGGGUGUUUUGUACGGCUGAGAUGCUGGAGAUGCUUAGGAGGUUGGUCGGGUUUGUUGACCUCGAGUUGAGAACGGAGGGCUGGACUUUGUUGUAG